AUGACGGUUCUCCACUAUAUUACCCUAAAUAUCUCCAACUCACUUCCAUUAUACCUUCUUUGGCCGGAACAGACACUCUCAACCGACGAGUUCUUAGCCACCGCCGCAUUUGGCGGCGCAAACCGCGGAGCAUUGCUCACUCCAGCGGGUGCGACACUGGUGGAAGCCGUGGCCGCGACAGCAGAAGUAACGGCAUCGCCUGCUGACGUGACAAUAGCGGAUGGGGUCACGGGAGUCACGGACACUCUUCUGGCAGCUGACGGGUCCCGUUUUCUACAGCUGACUUCCGCUUUUUCCGCGUCGUCUAGUGGCGACGGUGCUUCUGGUAGUAGCAAUGAUAGUACUAACAAUAGCAGUAGCGCGUUUGGCAGCCCAGGCGUGACGCAAGCGCUGUGCAAACUCAAACCCGCCGCAUCGUUGACCAGCAACGAGUCACAGCAGGCGCAGCAGCAGCAGCAGCAGUCCCCGCGCCAGCUGUCGCUCUCGUUCUUUGCGCGGGCCAGCCUGUGCGCGGAGGGGGAAGGGGGCGCGGAAGGGGAGGCAGAGCGGCUGUUGAGGGUGCUGCUGCUGGCAGUUCCGCUGAACGCCUCCGCCGCCGCCACAGCAGGGGGAGAUGCAGCUGCUGGGGGAGGGGCGGGGGAAGGAGGAGCGGGGGAGCAGGUGUGGGCAGAGUGGCGGGUGGGUGUGCCGUGUGGGGGAAGCAGCGCGAAUUCCUCCUCCUCUUCUUCCUCCGCCUCCUCUCCUUCCUCGCUGGUAGUGCCCCCAGGGGGAGUGACGCUGCACUUGGUGAUUCGAGGUGUGCAAGACAGUAACAGCAGCAGUAACAGCACGAGCGGCACUGCCACCGUUACCACCACCAGUGGUAUUGCCACCGCCACAAGCAGCGUAGCUGCCAGCGGCAGUGAGAGCAGUAGCAUCGGCGCCACCAGCGCCACUGUUGCUGCGAGUAUGGGAGGAGGAGGAGCAGGAGAGGGAGCGAGAGUGAAGGCGGCGGCGGUAAAGCGAGUGGACGUGGCGUCGGAAGCGGGAGGAGGAGCAGGAGCGGGGAGCACGGCUAUCGACCUUGCGUCUGUCAUGCCUACCCGCACCGAUCCUUCCCCACUCAAGUCCUUCUCCCAAUGGCCGCUCUCCAGAGCCCAUCCGCUCCUCACAGCCGGCUCAGCUCGCCACAAUUCAUCCUCCCUCGCCCUCACCACGCUCUCUGACCUCAACGCUGCUGCUCUCGCGCUGCACCCUGCCCCCUUUGCCCUGCUCGCCCCCGCCACGCCCGCCUCCCCCUGCCGCCCCUUCUCCUUCUCCACCUCCUUCGCCUUCCGCAUCUCCUCCCCCAAUGCCGCUGGGCUGGGCGGCGAGGGCUUGGCGUUUGUGAUGCUACCGACGCCCAUGCUCGGCCUGCCAGGGCCCUCUUUGGGCUACGGCCGUGUGCUGCUGCCCCCGGAGAGCACGACUGGCGCUGAUAAUUCUUCCAGUGACGUGCCAUCUCAGCAGCAGCGGAGCCUGGCAGUGGAAUUCGACACGUCCUCUUCUCCUCAGUUCUGGGACCGCCCCGACCACCACGUGGGGGUGAACCUGCGCGGCAGCAUGCUCUCUCUCGCCUCUGUCCCCGUGCACCCCCUCGGCAUUCCCUCCCUCAACGCCGGUCAAACCCUCCUCGCCACCAUCCAGUACAACGCCUCCUCCUCCCACCUCACCGUCUACCUCUCCCCCGCCCCCUCCUCCUCUCGCUCUUCCUCCCCCACCUCCCCUCCUCUCCCGCGCUCUGCUGUCCUCUCCAUGUUCCUGGACACCUGCGAGUGGCUGGGGGGGAGCGACCCGCAGGCAGCAGCGCCCCCCCCGCCGCUGUUUGUGGGAUUCACAGCAGCCACGGGCAAGGGGGCGGAGCAGGCUCAGGCGCACGAGGUGCUGGGGUGGAGCUUUGAGGUCGGAGAAGGUGCGUUGUUUGAGUGGCCUUAA